UCGCCGGACGUCUGGUCGCAGCUCACCUGUUGCUGGAGUCAUCCACCUUCCAGAGUUAUACACACUCUCUCCUACCUUCCAUCCAGGAACAUCUUUCAUAAUCCUGGCCUCCUCUUCCAAAUAUUUCUUCCACUCCUUCACAACAAAAGAAGAGGACUAAUUAGGGAACGUCGGAGGGCGGCAAGCAACCUACCGGCGGAUGCGAUUACCCUGGUCGACCUGGUACAUUCCGCAAGAGAAGGCGACGAGGAAGAUGGCGGCAGCGUUGGAGCCCUUGAUGGGGAUGCGCCGGGCGCACCUCACGGGCGGGAAUCCGCCCGGCGGCGGUCCAUCCUGGAGGAGCGGCAUCUCCCUCACGCUCGUCAUCCCCGGCUUCUUCUACACCACCGCCUCCGUCAUCCUUACCUGAUCACCACGACGAUCGCCGAGCUCCUUCCUUUCCUCCUCCUCUCCUCCGAUCUAUCGAACGGAUCGAUCCAAUAGUUUCAAGUGGUAGGCAAGUGUGGCGAAGUAGUAAACAAUGCUAUA